AUGCUAGAUGCUGAAAGCCAAGAAGCUUAUGGUUCAAGAAUUGUCACAACCAGUAGGGGUCCAGUUGGUCCCCUGAAGUUUUCAAUGCUUGAUGUUCCAGUGAGAUUAAGCACUGCAACACUUUCCUUUGACGAUGUUUCUCAAUACAAAUAUAUCGAAGUAACAGAUGGAACCUAUGAGUAUAAUGUGUUCUUCACCGAUCACUGCCAAUUUCCUACUCCAAAACCCGGUGAUGUGGUAAUCCCCCCUCUAAUACCACUUUAUCGGUAUUUGAAGGACGAAAAAUCCGUCGACAUAGAAUUCAAAAUCUACAAUCCACCUAAUUCGAAACCGGUAUAA